AUAAUAUAUCGUGAUUAUGAAAUGCCAUCUCGAUUGUCUUCAAAUCGGAAACGCCUUGUUCUUCAAUAGAGUGUUUUUAGGCUCUGAGUCACUUCUUCCUUCCGCCGCUAAGAGCGCUGUGCCUUUGUCGUGUGGUCAGAACGGCAUCCCUCUGUCGCUCGUCGACUCGCGUUUGUUUGCAAGCGGCCGGCUCGACAUUCCACGCGACGAGACGCUUCAUCAGCGCUGUCAGACUGACCAAACAGUGCACCUCUGCAUCCUACGAUACACCUAAGCAGGUGUCGUCGUGGAGAGAAGAGGUCUUCUGCCGCUGCUUUGGGCCUACUUCGAAUUCGGAAUGGUAAACGCUGCAUCGAGAGCUGGAGUCACCGUAUCGGUGCUUCUGGCUGCCCAUUUUGCUUUCACUUGGUUCAGCAACAUUCGGUCCAGCGCACAGCACAGCGAGUAUUACAGCCCGGAGCAGAGCUGUUUCUGUCACUUGACAGGUGUCUUAGAUGACUGCUUUUGUGACAUAGAAAGCAUUGAUGUUUUCAACAAUUUCAAGAUCUUUCCCAAGAUGCGGCAACUUAUAGAAAGGGAUUACUUUCGAUAUUAUAAAGUGAACCUGAAGAGACCAUGCCCCUUCUGGCCAGAUGAUGGGCAUUGCUCUAUCAAGGAUUGCCAUGUAGAGCCUUGCCCUGAGAGCAAAGUUCCAGUUGGAAUCAAAGCUGGGAAUUAUAAUAAAUAUUCAGAGGCUGCAAACAAAAUGAAGGAGAUGGAAGACUGUGUGCAAGCAAAUCAACUAGGGGCUAUAAACAGCACACUGAGCAAUCAAAGUAAAGAAGCUUUUGUAGACUGGGCAAGACAUGAUGAUGCACAAGACCAUUUUUGUGAACUUGAUGAUGAGACUUCUCCUAAUGCAGAGUAUGUAGACCUCCUUUUAAACCCUGAGCGAUAUACUGGAUACAAAGGACCAUCAGCAUGGAGAGUGUGGAACAGCAUAUAUGAAGAAAACUGCUUCAAGCCAAGAUCCGUUUACCGGCCCUUAAACCCAUUGGCUCCAGGCAGAGGUGGUGAAGAUGAUGCAGGAGAGGGAUUCUACAAAUGGCUAGAAGGUUUGUGCCUUGAGAAAAGAGUCUUUUACAGACUGAUAUCCGGCCUUCAUACAAGCAUUAACAUACACCUUUGUGCUCAGCAUUUAAAUGUUGAGGUUUUUGGGAAACCAAAAUGGGGACCAAAUGUAAAAGAGUUUCAGCAUCGCUUUGUUGAAACCAAGGGAGAGGGGACAAGACGGCUGAAGAACUUGUACUUCCUUUUCUUGAUUGAAUUGCGGGCUUUGUCAAAGGUGGCGUCCUACUUUGAGCGUUCCAUUGUGGAUCUUUAUACUGGAAACGGCCAAGAAGAUGCUGUUACAAAGGAGCUGCUUUUACAAGUGCUUAAUGAGGCAAAAGCAUUUCCAAUGCACUUUGAUGAAAAGUCCAUGUUUGCUGGACACAAAAUGGAAGCAAAAACUCUAAAGGAAGAGUUCAGGCUUCACUUUAAGAACAUAUCACGCAUAAUGGACUGUGUUGGCUGCAACAAGUGUCGUUUAUGGGGCAAACUUCAGACUCAAGGACUAGGAACAGCCCUGAAAAUUUUGUUUUCGGAAAAAGAGAUAAAAAAUCUUCCAGAGAACAGCCCCUCUAAAGGCUUCCAGCUCACUCGACAAGAAGUAGUUGCCCUUUUAAAUGCUUUUGCAAGGCUUUCUACGAGUAUAAAAGAGCUUCAUAACUUCAGAAAUCUUAUUCAGAAUAAGAGGUAACCCCAAUUUCUGGCCACAGAGUGCCACCUGCCCUAAGGACGCUGCAAUUGUCUGUUUUAAUUCUGGUGCUGACCCAGAAUGAGACCACAUCUUCAGGGACUUCAAGAUUCAAGCCUGGAAAAGCUUGGAGAAUAGCUUUGUUUUUCCUUAAGCUGUACUCACUUUUUAAUCCUCUGACAGCAAAACUGUAGAAUUGGCGGUGCUUACACUGGAGAAAGUUCAAAGUGCAGGCUCUUCCUAGCAGCUUUAUUUUCAGGCGUCCGAUCCAUUGGUGCAAUUUCUUUCUUUUCUUUUUGUUAAACUUUUAUGCAACUUGAACUCUUUGCAUUUUGGCUUGGUUUCCCACUGCUUUGCAAAAAACCUUGUGAUAGUUCUAAGUAGUGUUAUUUUGAAUUGCAUCCAACGGUAUAGAGUAUGGCAAUGUAGAAAUGGCUUUUUUAACUUGAACGUUUUUGUUUACUUAAUGCAGCAUUUAUAAUCAUGAAUUCCCUGUGAGUUUUAGAUUUGGUUUAUGUUUUUGUCUUUUUUUUUUUUUUUUUAGCCAAUUUUGCAAAGCUGGUUGUAAAUUUCUCAAUUGACAUUCCUUAGGGUGGAUCAAAGGGUGCAAAAGUUAAAUCAAGCUUCCUUUAUUCAAGUUCUAUUUAUUCAGUGCCCCUGUCACAAAGCCAACCCGGAGUGCAGCACAGAAAUUCCCAUUUAAAGAAGAACACACUCUACAAAAAUAAUAAAUAGUUGUAGUCAUUUGAUUUCAGUUCAAGUAUGCCAGCCUAAAUAUACCUAAACACACAAAAGAAUGAAGUACUAGACUUCUCCUCCUUAAUUUCAUCUCCUUUAGGGGUGAUGUUUCAUAUGUUGUGUUCAUAGUGAUGCUUUGAACCUGAAGCAGCUGUCAUUCAGUCCAGAAGCACCAAACUCCCAGCUUUAACCUCCCAGUUAACAGUUGUCACAUGAAUUGGAAAGAAUCAAAGCCAAACCUGUCUGAACACUUGAACCAGAGUUUAAUUAUGGGUCGCCUGUUUGUCUGCACCACUCUGUGUCAUCCGUCUAAAGGCCGUGUCACAUUACACUGAUUUUCACUCAUACUUAGUGACUUGUCACGCACUCUUACGUACCCAGCGACUCUCUCCAUCCAGCUAGUCCACAAUUCACCCUUACAAAAUCAAAGAGUACUACCGUGAGAAUAACAGGGGUGUCUGAAGGACCUCGUAGACAGAAGAGAGGCUCAACUGUCUAAUCUCUUGUGUUUUCUAAAACACGACAUAAAGGAAAAAAGAAAAAGUGCCAAGAUUGCAGCAAACCUCGCAGUACCUGCAACCUUAUUGGCUGUCAGAAAAGGGGAGAGCUUGUGAUAUUUUGGAAGUGUGAAUCUCUGGAAAAAGUCCUCAGCAGUCCUGUAAUUUGACAUACCUUGUGGGUAUCUUGUUGUUUGUUAGCUCAAGCAACGAGGACAGAAACCGCAUUUGUCACGUUUGAUAUCCCUUCUGACUAUAUUGACUUAAGAUGAUGAAGUUAGAUAACUCACCAAAGCAGUCAUGAAUAAACCCAGAACCACUACUCCCUUAAACUGAUUUCUGUUGAGAAGAAAAGCAGUCUUGGUGUGUAAAAUAAAACACGUGUAGAUAAACAUCGACUCAUGGAGAGCAGUCACCCUACUGGCAAGUCUGAUGAUGAACUGGCAGUGUAGCUAAGUGCUUGCGCCAUCCUAUGUUAUUCUUUUUUUAAUCAGUAACAUAACAUUUCUACAGAAUGGUAACAGGGGGACCAUCUGCGGACCCCACUAACCGUGGGAUUUGAAACUCCGCUCUUGUGGGUUUCUGGUCCAGCUUUCAAGCAAACCGACAGGAAUGGUCUCCCAGAAUUAUUCAAAUGUUUCUUUGCGUAGCUCAGCUGAAUUUCAGCCUAUUUCCUUGAGAGAAUUUUAUAAGCCUGCAAAUCCUGCUGAUGAAGGCUGCACUUUCUAGCCAUGGCUGACGCUCCCACUAGCUAUCCCAUCCCGUCCUGGAUGAUGCAGCAAAGGUGAGACACAAACCUGAGUCGGAGCUUCAAAAAAAUGCCAGCCACUUACAGACGUGCACACUGCAUCUCUUCUCAGCCUGGGUUCUUGCCCUGCUAGUUACACUUCUACCAAAAGCUUCCUCUUCACCACAAUGGAGAAUAUCAUUUUAAAUUUAAUAACUACAUAACAUAUGUCAGGACUUAGAUUGUUAGUGUACAGUCAUUCACAGAAAGAGCUUCGCAUUGCUCAUCAAGGAACGUGGCAAGUCAGGAAAACACAAAACUCAAGAAUCUGGAGCACAAAGCGUGCGCACAGUCAAUGCUGGUCCAUGCUGGUGAGCUCUUCACACAUCUGGGUAGUACUGCUGUCACUUUCUCCACUUUGUCCAAUGUUUGCCUUUUUAUGCUCACAUUUGCACAGCACUUUCUCUUUGAGGCCUUUCAUUUAAUUUAAUUUACAUGCUAGCCAAGCUAUCUGGCAUUGCCUGGUGUGCCAUGUUGUUGGAUCUAAACUGGCCUGGUGCAGGCGGGCGGACGAGUGAGGAUCUGUGCCCUGCAUUGUACUGACAUGUACGCAGCUGCGUUCAUCCAUUAACCAUUUGCGUCCAGGGUCUUGAUCUUUCUUUAUUUUCUCCAUUGUACCACAUUAUACAUAUUCUUUAUCUUUGAAAGCAGACGUUGUCUCCCUCCCUCCUUUUUGGUGUGCUGUUCACUGCUGCUGGUACUCAACUCUGAAGUAGCCUUCAUCCAUCCAGGGCCUCGGAAUCCUUGUUUCAGACGUUUGUUUGUUUUCUUCACACUCUGUUGCCCCAGGAGAUUUCUUUUUCUUUCUUGCAACAAGUUUUAACUUUGCAGAGUCUUUGACCUUUAAAGAGAAUUGUAUUGAAGAAAUGGAAUGUUGGGAUGUAAAAAUAAGAAUCUCAAAUUGAAAAAACAGACAAGCUUGAUGGCUGGCGCCAAGCGGGAUGUGCCAGCCCCGUGGAAUGUACAAGAGCGUUCUGUGGGAGCCUCUUUAGAAUUCCUGAGCUGGCCCGGCUGACUUUUAUCAUUUUGAUAUUUGUUCAGUGUGUAGCUGUUUUCAUGCGUUGGGUGGCAGAGAUGUCUGGAGCAGAAGCUUCUUAGAUUGUAUCUUGGGACUGGUGGGUGACAGAAUAGGUGGGGUCACCUCACAUUACGAGAGGACACCUUGCAAUUCUUGGGCCAUUUGCUUUUGAAUACUUGUCAUGAGGAAAGGGAUCUAUCUAUCUAUCUAUCUAUCUAUCUAUCUAUCUAUUGAUUGAUUUGUUUCUGUCAAUCUAUCAAUAUAAAUAGAUAGGCCCAGCUAUGCUGAAGGUGUUUCAUACAUAGAACUGCAAUUGUUUUACUAAAGCCCUAUUCAUACAGGAUGAGCUUUCAGGAUAUAUACAUCUGUAAAGCUGCUGUUGCCACACAACAUUUACCAAGUAUGUUCUUGGAUUACAUAAUUCUGGAACAAUUAACAAAGAUAAGUGUCCCUUUAUGAUUAUGCAGUGACAUCACCUCAGAACAGCCAUAAGAGUUUCAGCGACGUAGCUAUUGUAUGUACCCCAUGUCAAGGAAAGUAGAAUGUCAGCAGCAAACUACCUAAUUAAGGGAGCUAGCGGCUUCGGAUUAUAAACUAGGAGAUGUUAACAUUAGUUUCUAGCUUGACAGCGAUGAACUUACCUGCAAGUAAUGCAACUGUAUGCAGGUGUGCUUGUUAAAGGGUCGCACAGUGUGGACAAAUUCAGUGACUGCCUCGGUUUUUCUGUGAACACCUCUAAAAUCCUGGGGUAAAGUGCUGUUUUCACCAGAAAUGAUGAAACUUCACUGACACAUCGCUUUGCACCAGAACACUUUAACCUGGGGUUCAUGCUUUACAAACUUUAUAUAGACUGUAAAAGGCUCGGUAAUCUUUACUGAGUCCAUAAAAAGUCACUGUCGUGGGCAGUUCAGACAGGACUGAAGUUACAGAGAGUCGUCCGAUAAUCCUAGCUCUCUUCUCUGCCUCCUGGUGGAAGACUAAUCCCAUCUGAAUAAGGCUUAUCCAUGUGUUACAUUCAUCCAUUUUCCAUGCCCGGUUUCUCCAUUACAGAGUGGUGAAAUGGGACAACCGCUGCUUAAGUGGACUGCUUGCUCGUGUGACUGGUAGUUGAGCUUGAGGAGUUGUCCUUUAGAGGCAGAGAUGAUGAUGGCGUCACCCUGAGUGAAUCUCUCGGCAGCGAGCGCAUGGUGCAAGCAGCAGCCCUGCAUUCACUCACUCACUCACUCGCUCACUCACUCAUACUGGGCCAAUGUAGAGUCAACAGUGAGCCUUACCUGGGAUACGGGAACACAGCCACAAACCAGGAGAGGAUGCAUGAGCUUUAAGCAGAUAGUCAACUGCUGGGAAAUUGUUCCUCCAGUCCAGCAUUGGCCCCUUUUGUUGAAUAUGACACUUUUUUGUUCAUAAAUGGUUUAGUUAGUGAGCACACUGCCUGUCAGUCUUGUGUUACCAUUAAGCAUUUCCCAGUUAUGAGAGUGAAAUCUGACUAAGUAAGCAUGGCAUCUUGAAGAAUCUUGUGAUAGAGACCACUCGGCCCAUCAGGCUCAUGUGGAUGGCUGAGUUGUCCCAGUUUUUCAUGGAGAUGCCUUUAAAGGUUGUCCAGGCCUCCAUUCCAGCUGGGUAACUCGCGGGUUUGCUCCAAAAUCCCCACAACUCUUUGCUUCCUGGGUUCAGUCCUAAAUCUAAGUACACUUCCCCUUCAUUAUCAUAAAAGUGGAGUACACAGGCGUGAGACUAAGUAAGACCCCAACUCUGAGUGUGUCCCCAAUAGCCCCUGCCCUUUAGUCCUCCAGAUGCACUUUUCUUGCUCUCCUCCACACACCAUCAAGUGCUGCUUUGUCUUUUUUUUUGUUUGUACUGUGGUGAGCGGAGCUGCCCACUAUAC